CUUGUUUGGACAAAAAUGUUUAUACUCGUUGCUUUUGACGAAGCGGAACAACGAGUCAUUGAGUCUAACGAGACCGCCCUUGAUUCUCCCUAACCCGUUCUAAUUACUACAACGUGGAAACACCAGCCGCCUGAGUAUAGAUAAAAAGAGACAGCUUUUCGAAAUAUCUCAGUAGACGGCUGCAGUACCUAACGAAAGGACAGUUCACGAAGGACUUGUGAAAAACAUGUUGUUCGUAACUAUAUUCCUGCUCUUUCUUUCCAAAGCACUCGGACUUGAUUCGAAUUCGGUUGGGAAUGGCUUGCAAAAUCAUACGGAGAUCGACGAUGCCAGGAAUCUGAUUGAAACGUUGUCGUUUAAGUUGCAUUCGAAACUGAAGGUGUUUGAAACCAAAUUCGAGAAACUACAGCUAGAAUCGGAGGAGUAUCGCGCACAAAGUAAGUCGACAAAAGAAGAAAUAAGGGCUGUGAACAAGUUGAAAGUGUUCCUGAAUGAUCUCACGGCGAAAAAGAAUUCCAUCUGCGAAAAGUUUUUCACCCACUUUGACUUCGCUGCUUCCCGUCAAAUACUCAUAAAUUCCAGCUCGCUAUUGGAAAAAGAUUACACUGUUGCAAUAGAAGUGAACCAUCGUGGUUUGAUUGACAAUGACAUGGCCUUGGCGAACGGGAACGAUUUAAGAGUGUACUUUUACAACAACGAGGAUUGCCAACCACGCGAACUUGAUCGAAUUGUGCAAAAUAUCGCAACAACGAAGACGACAGUGUUGUUCAAACUGCAAGAAGAUUUAUCUUCUUCUGAUGGAUCUGGCUACUAUCUAGUCUAUGAUAACAAGGGUGCCGGUCCUGCAAAGCAAAAUCCAGAAAAUGUCUUCUUAUUUUACGAUGACUUCAGUGAUUCAAAUUUCGAGAAAAGGUGGCAAAAAAACUGGGGCACGGCGAGUGUGGGAGAUGGUGUCUUGUCUUUGAAAACGUCAACAACGCCAACCAACGACUCCGCUGAGGUUUCGGUCUUCGUGAAACAUGGUCACGAAUGGAAAGACCUUGAAGUAGAAUUGGAUUUUAAAGAAAAAAUCAGAGAAUCCGGGGUUUCUGCGGGUGCUGGUCUCGGGCCAUUCCUGCGUGUCGAGGACCCUAGGAUUCAGAGUACCACAGCGUGGUGGAUGGAAUACGUGGAAAGAAAAAGAGAUUGUACGAUGCGGCCUUUUAAGAACAACGAAGAUGGCAAAUGGCUGUACCCGAGAAGUCUAGCUAGACCAUUUUUAGCGGGUUUAUGGUUCCACGCAAAAUAUCGCGUCGUUGGGGACAGCUUCACUCAUUGGUUAAACAACGAUCUCGUCCACGACAACGUCAGAGUCCCCUCGAAAUGGCUUGUUACCAAAGGCACCUUUGGCUUGGGUUGUUUAUCGAGCAAAAUUGGAUGCCACACAUUUUAUGAUAACAUCAAGAUAACGAAAUAUACUCCGGUAUUACCAACUGUCACUUUGGGCGACGAGUGCAAAGUCGAUGCGAAAAAGUUUAAAGGUCACGUCAGGAAAGACGGAAAAUCCGAGAAAAACGCUGCCACAUCGUGCAGGCAAAUACACGAUAUUUCGCUACGAGAUGGAAAACACACGUUGAAAAAUGGCGUGUAUUGGAUCAAGACGUCCGCUGACACAGCAGCGCCGACGUUCUGCGAUCUCACGAAUGGCGGGUGGACAUUGGUGGGAAAGAUCAGCGGUUCCGCCGACAGACUAUAUCAGUUUUGGCUGAUCAAAAAUCAUAAUCUUGAUGCACUGAAAAGUGCUAGCCUGCCAAGCCCAAUCAGAGUCGGUUGCAUCGAUGCUCGUUACCUAGCAACCAAGCACGCGUCAACGGUGAUGAUCGCCAGCGGUGACAAGCAAGACGAAAUUGGUUCAAAGUGGGUGCAAUGGCCGCUCCCGGAAGGACGGGAAAGCGACAGCUUUUGGACACACAGUGUUGGACUGAGUGUCGUGUCCAAGGCGAAGAUGAAAUCAGUUACUGUUAAAGCCUGGAAUGGCAAUUCAAAGGUAUGCUACCAAAACAGAUAUGGAAUAAUGCCUAUACCCCAACAUGGUGGCUCCUAUCCCUCAGCUUCAUACAACACGGCAGGCAACACAGCUACGAACGACUAUUGUAUGGCCGUUGGCGUGCAGAAAUAUGGAAGAACAGCCGAUGGAUGGAGUCAGAAUGGCAACGGAUAUGAUUCUCCUCGGAGCAAUUCUGAUUGGCCAAACUCUCAGUACAGCCAUCAGUCGCCCUUCGUCACAGUUUGGGUGAAAUAAAGAGAAAAUUUCCAAAGUUUUUUGCCACUGUUUCUUAUCAACUGACUCUCGCACAUGGCUUGCAUGCAGUUUUUAUUUCUUAAAGCACUCCAAUAUAACAUAUUAAUAGUGUAGCACAUGUGGAAUAAAAUAUCAUAAACCACGUUGGAUCGUGUUGUCAUACUGGCUGAUGAUGAUAAUAUUGUGAAAACACGCACACAUCACAUACAUCACAGAAGUUGACAUUAAAACCACCAGGCAAGUUAUAGGUCAUGCAUUAACACGGUACGAUUUGCGAAGUUUAGAGUAUAAUGUUCAUACGCGGUGUAUAUAUACGCAUGUUUAUGAACUUGAUCACAUAUGCCAGGGUAAGAAUGGUAUAUACGAGAAAUCUUAUCGUGUAUAAAAUUGGCCCUGUUGCAUAGAACAUUACCUUAUCUUGAACAAGACGCCCGGCAGGCGUUAACUCGGGCUCAAUAAAUACACUGCACUGAAACUGAGCUAUAUUGAUACACUGUAAUGUCUGUAAAUACGCGACU